UUUGCACUUUACUCCUUUAUUGUCCGACUUGUCAGCCUCGAGUAUGGACCGCGCGAAUUGCGCCGAGCGCGAGUCGUGGCUCUUGUAUACACUUGCGAACGUCUUUCGUUACACCGCUGUAACUACUGCGAUUUGGAGGUUAUCCGUCAAUGGCUUAGCUCUUCCAUCGCUUGUUUGCUUCGCGAAUGUUCAACUGUUCGGCGUUUCUGGUGUUUCUAUACAACUAAUACGAACUUAGCGUCAACGUGGUUGACCAAAUUUCAGAAGUUCGUCGUCUUUCUCGCUGUUUUUCGGACAGUCAUCGGUUUCCGACGCCUGUCCUCUACAGUAAUCUGGGCUUUGAGCACUGCUUAACACGCGAUGUCGAACCAGGUUCAAGAAUACAAGGAUUCCUUGAAGACCAAGGCGGAACAGCUAAUAAUCAAGGGUUUUCCAGAAAAAAUAGUCAAGCUCAAUGAGAUUCUUGAAACGCCAGGUUUCUGCAAUCGAGAUUUAAAAGAAGUCCAUCAAGACUUAAAUGUGCCCAUUCCAGAUCCGAUAGUUCUCAAUCAUUCCGAAGAUGGACCCAAUCCUAAAAGACAAAAGUUGGAGAACAGUGUCGAUCAACUUCCCUCUGGUACCAAAGUGAUGGUUCUACCGAAUGGCUCUGUGCCAUGCAACAAGCAUCUUUGUGAUUUGCUUCAUAUAGUUAAGCCAUACAUUAGACAACUUUUGGAAGAUUCAAAUCUUUUGAAAAUGUGGAUUUCAUUUAUGAUUCCUAAAAUCGAAGAUGGAAACAAUUUUGGUGUAUCUAUUCAAGAAGAUACUCUAGCUGAAGUGCAAGCUGUUGAAAGUGAAGCUGCAGCAUAUUUCGAUCAAAUUUCGAGGUACUUUAUAUCAAGAGCAAAGAUGGUCAGUAAGGUAGCCAAAUAUCCUCACAUUGAUGAUUAUAGACGAGCUGUUCAAGAGCUCGAUGAAAAGGAGUAUGUAAGCUUGUGGCUGGUAAUGUGUGAAAUUCGUAACCGAUACUGUUCCCUGCACGAUCUUGUCAUUAAAAACAUAGAGAAAAUCAAGAAGCCCCGUUCUUCAAAUGCCGAAUCUUUGUACUGAACCUAUUUAUUUGUGUGCCCAAACACAAUGGACAUUAAUGGUGUAUACUUUUUAAAUAUGAAAACGCUGAUCAGAAAGGAGUGCCGAGUUUAGUGCCGGAAAAUUCGUUUAUUUUAUCAGUGGCUGAAUUUCAGAUCGCUCAUACAUUACAAUAAGUUUAAUGGUAAUAGUUCUAGCACGGCAUUUUUUUUUAUGUGGCCAAAUGAAUUUUAACAAUGUCGCGCUUUAAUUGUAUAUAGUAUUAUCAGAUAAUUACUCGGUUCUUUUUUCAAGUUCUAGUUGAGCAAACGACGAAAGACGAUGCACUAUAUAAGAAUCGCGUGCGACUGGGAUAAUACUGUAAACAAGUAAUAGAUACUUCAUUCAUCAUAUUAAAGUAUUGGUUUAACCUACCGCUUUAUAUAUUUGGCUAAUCUUAUAAUAGAAAUACUGUAUGGAAACGUGUAGAUGAGUGCUUUAUCUUAUUAAAUUGUCAAACUGUAUUUUUUUGUAAUAGUCACAUGGAGAUUUUUAAUUUUAAAAAUAAUAUAAACAUUUCUCCAAUAAAACCUCACAAGUUAAUGUACUUACAAAUCUAAAAACAAUUCAACUUAGCAUUGAAUAAUCACAAUUCAAUAUCUAAUAGCUAAUUGAAUUUUCAUAUGUUUAAAAAUUAAGAAUAUUAAUAAACGUAUGAUCUUUUUUAUCAAUCAUGGAAAUGUCGAUAUCCAAUGUAACGUGAAGAUAUUUAUCACUAUUGUAAAAAAUUAUAUUACUAAAAGUCAUGGAUACAAUCACCCA